UGCGCAGAUCGGGUGCGCAUUGAAUUUUUGUAUCAUGCGUAUGAAUGUAGGGCCUUGUGAUAUAUUACUUUAGGGUCUUCAGUUGUGUAUAGCAGAAGGCAAGAUUCAAGAUGACUCGUGCCUCGGCGCCGCCACGGCCUGUCUACCUUUGGUCCGUGGCGGACGUGCAGAAGUGGUUCCGCCGCCACCUGAGCGAGUACCACACCAGCUACUCAGAACACUUUGUACAGCACGACAUCACGGGCGUGGCGCUGGUGCGCCUAACUCGCCCCCAGCUGCAGAACAUGGGCAUCGGUGACCCGCGGCACCGCGAGGACAUCUACCGGGAGAUCGCUAAACUACGUCUCAAAUCGGACCUGCUCGAGAUCCGCAACGUUUACACCAACGUCAAGGGCGACGCCGUGCUCGUGUAGCGGCUGUCGGGGAAGCGCGGACAGGCUGGUCACGUCACCAGGUCGGCUGAUGCCAUGGAGGUGUGGUGUUCCGGUCAGCCAGGCUGCAGCAGGGCGGUGUUCCCGUCAUCCAGGCUACAACGUAACGGUGUUCAGGUCAUCCAGGCUGCAGCAGGACGGUGUUCCGGUCAUCCAGGCUGCAGCGGGACGGUGUUCCGGUCAGCCAGGCUGCAGUGUGACGCAAGACAGUGGUUCAGUUAAGUAGCGUCAAGUGAGUGAUAGUACGCAAGUGGCCAAUCAUGUAUGCGAUCAGAAGGGAUCCGGCCGUCGGAAGUGGUGAGUGUUGACUUGACGUCAACUCUGGGGAAGGUGGCCGGAGAAUGUGACUAGUUGGAUGCUGGGUGGGUAAUGAUGGACGAAAAACGUGUCUGAUUUAGAUGCUAGGUGGAUAAUUAUUGUCAAUAUGUUUCGCAUGGAAAGCUGUGUGCAUGGUUUUUACAUGAACUUUUUACGAAAAAACAUGGUCUUUGAAGCAUCGAUCUCUUAUUCAAAUCAAAUAUCGUGCAUGGUGCCGUCAGUUGGAGCGAUCCGUAGCCCACUGCAUCUCUCAAUUCUAGUCAGGCUCUUACAUGUAUAGGGACAAGGCGCACCGAAAAGUGUUUUGGGUUGAAAUGCGCGGAAACUGCGGCACCUUUCCCCUGAAUUAUUUGCUUUUUAUAGUUUGUUCUUGCCAAGAGUUUGCUUUGAGCACCUUCAUCACUCAGAAAGCACUGCUCCGAACACGUAAACUCUAGGGAGAGAGACGGGUACGUUGUAAUGUUAUUUCAGUCGUGACAGUUUGGCAAAGAUAGAGGUGUAUUAUUGCCUCCAUGCUCUCGGUCGUGUCCAAGCUUCACAGCUGUAUAUAUAACAGCACCGCAAUUGUUACCCCGUUUAGUUGUGUUGAGAGCUACGCAUUUUGCGGUGUUGCCAUGUGCAACUGCAUUCAUGCUUGUCUAUGUCCCGUGCAGUUGGUCAAAUAACUUUGCAUCAUGACGAAUUCUAAGCACAGCUUGCAAUUUUUGUUACGCGAAACCGGCCAUUGCCGGCGAUGAUCAAAAUUGGCCUCUUUGGGACGGCUUUGCCUGGUUCCCACAUCUGAGAUACAAUGCUUGCCGGUGCAGCCGUUCCCUUUCAGGAUUUCAAGUGCCGUUCCUGAUGCAAUGGUGGUGUAGAGUUUGUGCAGGAACUCUGGUACCCACCAGCUUGCACCGUUUCGCAGUCUAAGGGCUCCGUCACUUCAUUGGGCGUUGACGGAGUGACUGUUUUUCCCAAUCUUGAUACGCACGUUGAUCUGAAUACCUAUGUCGUCGUGGAUGGUGCUGGCAAGCCCCGAAGAUAUCACGCCCGCGGGACCUUUCCAUUUCUUCAUGAACUGUUGUGAUCAACUUAUACGUUAUUCGUUGUGUUCAUUAUGGAUACAGAAAUUAAGAAAUUAACUGAAUUGCGUUAGAGGUUGAAACAAACAACGCUCGUCUAUGUGUAUGUACCUGAACUCGCCACGUUACAUGUGCCUAUCUGCAUCAACGGCUGUUCCAUCUGUGUAAUAUGUAGCCUGCAUGACUACAACGUUCCUAAUCAAAUUUUUUACCUUGAUCACUGUGUAAACUAUCUCCAUGGUGCACCACGGGAAAAUACAUGUGAAUACUCCUCGUCUCGA